AGAAGUGUUUGAAAGCGCGUUGUCGAGCGCUAGCCGCCUCCAUUUUGUGGUCGUGUCUGAGGGGACGGUCGGCGCCUGCCAUACUUUGCCUUGCCUUUCCUUUUCGUUCCUUCAAUUUGUAGCCUGACCAUGGCAGAGUACAUCCGUGUAGCUGAAGAGGAGUCAGAGGAGCCGAUGGAGAUCCCGUCGGAAGACGACGGCACGGUGCUGCUCUCUACGGUGACGGCGCAGUUCCCGGGGGCAUGCGGCCUUCGCUACCGCAACCCCGAUAACCAGUGUAUGCGCGGGGUGCGCCUGGUUGAGGGCAUACUGCACGCCCCUGAUAACGGCUGGGGCAACCUCGUCUAUGUGGUCAACUACCCGAAAGACAACAAAAGGAAAAUGGAUGAAACGGAUGCAUCUUCAGCUGUGAAAGUGAAGAGAGCAGUUCAGAAGACAUCAGACCUUAUUGUUCUUGGCCUUCCCUGGAAGACAACAGAGCAGGAUUUAAAAGAUUACUUCAGUACUUUUGGUGAAGUCAUUAUGGUGCAGGUGAAAAGAGAUACCAAGACUGGGAAUUCAAAAGGCUUUGGCUUUGUCAGAUUCACAGAAUAUGAAACUCAAGUGAAAGUGAUGUCACAGCGACACAUGAUUGAUGGACGAUGGUGUGAUUGCAAACUCCCCAAUUCCAAGCAAAAUGCAGAUGAGCCUUUAAGAAGCAGAAAAGUGUUUGUGGGCCGUUGCACAGAGGAUAUGAGUGCUGAUGAGCUUCGUCAGUUCUUUUCCCAGUUUGGAGAUGUGACGGAUGUAUUUAUACCAAAACCUUUUCGUGCUUUUGCUUUUGUCACAUUUGCUGAUGACCAGGUUGCCCAGUCUCUGUGUGGUGAAGAUCUGAUCAUUAAAGGGGUCAGCGUGCAUAUUUCCAAUGCAGAACCUAAGCAUCUGAAUGCUAGACAACAGCUAGAUAGAGGACGAUUCACAAACAGCCAGGGAGGCUUUGGCAAUCAGGGUGGGUUUGGAAAUAACAGAGGUGGUGGAGGAUUAGGUGGCAGUCCAAAUAGUAACAUGAGUGGGGGUGGAAUGAAUUUUGGGGCUUUUAGCAUCAAUCCAGCAAUGAUGGCGGCUGCCCAGGCAGCCUUGCAGAGUAGUUGGGGAAUGAUGGGAAUGUUGGCUAGUCAACAGAGCCAAUCUGGGGCAGCUGGGGCAAACCCACAACAAAAUCAGGGUAAUGUACCAAGGGAGCAGAAUCAGCCAUUUGGAACAAAUAAUAAUUCUUAUAGUUCAAAUUCGGGUGCAUUAGGUUGGGGGUCAGCAUCAAACUCUGGUGGUCCUGGUUUCAGCUCUGGUUUUGGAUCCAGUAUGGAGUCCAAAUCAUCAGGGUGGGGAAUGUAAGUUUUAUAGGUCCUUAGCAAAUGUGGAGAAAGAGUAGAGAUUUGAAUAAUGGUAAGUAAAAACAAAAGUAGGUUUUCGCAAACUUUUUCUGCUACAUAAUUGAAAGAAGUUUUUAGUGGUUACCUGGAAUUGUCAUUCAAGACACGAGGUGAAUUUUGAGAAUCACUAAUAAGCAAUUGAACUUGCAUUUUGGAAAUGCUUCUUCCUGUUCCUGACUCGUACUGUAGUAUGUAGUUCUGUCAUGAGUUUUAGUUCAUAAUGAUCUGUACUUUGUAUACGCACACAUUUGUUAAUCCUCCUGAGAACCCAACCGCCCCAGUUGCGUUAAGAAUUUGAUACUAUGUCCAAGUUAGUACUCACCAGCAUGGGGAACCCAGUUACAGGUUAUUAAGUUGUGAUUUCAGCCACUCAAGUGAGGUGCAGUUUACCUCUUAAGUGACAAAGAUUUCUACCUUGCUAAAUUGCAUAUUUUUGUAGUAAUGUCCUCAUUGUACCAAGAUGACUUUUUUUUUAGAUUGGUUGAAUAUUUUCUCCCAACCCAGGAUGUACUUGGUAUUUAUCUGAGACAAAUCUAAACUAAAUUGGGAAAAUGUGUUUUCAAUCAAAUCCUUUCCUAUGAUGUAGACCAAGCGCCAUCACCAGUCCCCGAUUAUUGACUGCCGAUCACAAUAGCACUGAAGACAUUUGCUCAGAGUGGUUGGCACUGCAUUGUCUCCAUUGUCAGUCUUUCUGGCACUUGACAUGUAUUUGAACAAAGCUGACAUUGAAUGUAGGUGAAUUUCCCAGUCUGCUCAUAGAAAUUUUUUGAAAUCUGCUCAUAGAAUUUCCAUGAAGGAGGGAGUUGGUGAAAAGGCAUUUCAUAGGGCCAAAUGUCAGAAACCCGAGCUAAGUAGUCCAUUGCAUCUGGUUAUAUUCAAUUCCCCAAUUCUUCUCUUCUUUCUCUUCUCUCCCUCCCCCCACCCAUGGUGGACCUUUAAUGUCGAUUUUGCGCUUGUGGCACCUGUAUCUCAGAAGGGCUAUUAUUUGUCUCCUUAGAAACUAAUUUUCUGAGUGAAAUGUCAUUUUAUGUUGAAGGGGCGAAUGCUCUUGACCAGUUCUUUUUUACAAAUGCAAGAUGGCAGUUUUCAGUAGAGUUCAAUCAUCCAAAGGAUUGCAGAUAUUUAAAAAGGAUAUUGACUUGUAAAAAAAUCACUUAGUAUUUCUAUUUGUAUCACACAUUGCAUCUUUCUAGGCUUAUAAUUUGACCUACAGUUUGGAUAAUUUGCGCCUGCUUUCCAUGCCUCUUUGCUGUUUCUCUCCUUGUAUUAAUAGCCAAAUUGACAUUAUUCCUUCAAUACAAUUAGGAGUAAUCCCUUCAAAGAAGCUACUACCGUACUUUGGAUGAUUUCCCAUUGACUUGGUGUUUAAGCAAAUAUCUGUAAGGAUGUGGGCAGAGGUUUUGGAAAACAAAUUGUAUGUGACUGAGUUACGGUUUAAAAACUUUUUUUUUAAAGUUGGAAUGUGCACCAGUUUCUUGAUAAUUGGAUAAGUUUUUCAGGCUGUCACAAUUUUAAGUAUUGCCAGGUUUAAGAUUCUUUGAAACGUUUUUCUUGGCUUUAUGCUGGCAAAUAACACUUCCGUUCAUGUUAUGCAUAUCAAAACAAUUUCACCUAUGAAAAGUAUGGGUAAAUCAGAAAAGACCUUAGCUGUAGAUAUCUUGUUAAUCUGCGGGGUUGAAUUUGAACUACUGGCAUUCCAGUUUAUAUGAUUUCUUUGCACAGAAUGCUCAUCAGUGUCCAGUAGUGAUCUGUGCGCCCUGGGUUAUUAAUUACAUUCUGUACUGUCCACCUUAAAAUUUAAGAGGAUUAAUGUUCAGUGCUGAGUGUAUUCUUUACUAGCACUGCAAACCAAAGGAAGGAUGUGAAAGAGUAUCCACUAUAUCAUGGUUUGGGUAGUUACAAAUAGGAAAUGGAGAGUGUUGUGUAGAAAUCUUUUUAAAUAAGAGUGCAAAAUUUAGAUCUUAUGUUUAAUGGAAUAUUAUGUAGAGUUUUCAUAAAUUGAAAUUUUUUUUAAGGCAUGUUCUGGAUUUCCGGGCAUGAGCAUCUACACAUGUAUAGAAAAUGCUUUCUCUAAACCAUUUCGCCACAUAACUGCAGGCUGCAUGGAGUUGCAGGUUGUAUUCAAAGGGACCACGGUGGGUGUUCCAUUUUUGUCCUCUACUGUUCUUUUCAUCGAUUCGUUUAUCAGCCCUGUGAAACAAGAUGUAAUACAGAGCUGUGAUGACUUAAGUUGAAGCCUGGUGUGGGAUUGAUGCUAUGGUGGUGCCAGCGAAUGAGAGGGCUAGUAUGAGCGAUGAAGGAGAGAGCGCAUGCAGAGACUUGGUGUUGCAUUAUGGCGUUAUUAAACAUGGCAAGAUGUGGCUCUCAAUCCCUUGGCAUGGUGAGAGAAUGCAGAGGAGAAGUGGGAUACAGUACGAAUGAUUUUCUUGUAUUCACAAAGGACGUCCGUGGCUGAUGAGGGAAAAGACUUUGGAGUGGUGAUAUUUGCUUGUAAUUUGAGUAAUUGGAAAAUGUUGAAUGUGUUCAGUGAAAUAAAUAUUUUCAGGGGUUGAAACUAAGAAAUUUUCAUUCUCCAGUUAACACAAAAACUCAGAGCAUUCAGUUGUAAGUUAUAGGUUAGAAUUCAACCCUUUGCAAAUUUAUGUUCCAACUGAAGUAACCAUUCUAAUUAUGAAAAGUGCACAAUAAAAUUGUUUUACUUUAAACUUGAAUUAAUUGUAAAUUAAUGUCAUCCAGUCAGUACUUAAAAAGCUGUAGAGAGGACCACUAAUGUUUUUACUUAUGUUUUCAACCCCUGAUAUUUUGUAUCUUUCCCUUCCCUUCCUGUUAACUGUGUGUGCCGAAUGGUUGGUGAUGUAUUUUUGUAUUACUGAUUUGUAAGUGUGGAAAAGUGAAAUGAUGUGGUGUUAUGAAGGAACAAUAUUCUGUGGAGUGUAUUGUGCCUGCCAGAGAUGACUUGGGUGAGCACAGUGUCAAUCUUGGACAAGAGUGUACGUUUGUGUUUUCUGCGAGUUUAUUGCGAAUGCAUAAUAAAUGACUGCUUGAGUUAAGAGUGUUUUGAAGCCCUUUUUUUUAAUGUCACUAGGUAAUUCUUAAUAAAAAAUUUAACUUGACUGAACAUUCUUGUCUCUGCAUUCUGACAUGAUAGGCAGAAAAAUGAUCUUAGAGCAGUACAAGAUUUGAUAAUGAUGCAAAAUGGAGUUUCUACUGUUACAGGGUCUUUAUAGAUUAUUAGCAGUUAACCCAGUGCAAAUACCUUUUUAGAUGUUGUAGAGAUCUUUGAGCUUGUGCUUAAAUAUUGGGUGUUUCCAAUUCAGUCCUGGGCAAAUUAUUUGCAAACUGAAUAUUGAACUUGGCCAUUGCCUUGUUCUGCUUGAAAGUAUUUAAUGCUUAUUUAUUAUAUGUAUGUGAAUUUUGUCAUCACUCUGAAAUUUUUAACUGCUUGACUGAUGCUGUUGUCUUAAGUUUAUUUACAAGUCUCAUUUAGGGAUUCUAAGUGGGAACUUUUUCAGAUUUUGUUUAAAGUUGACAUUCCCAAUGGAAAAUUAUAAGCAUUUAAACUGGGGUUUUUAUCUGUGGUCACAAUAGUUCACCCGAAGCAAAUGACUUCAUUUUAUAAAAGCUGUAAUUCAUUUGCAGCACCAUCUAAAAGUUUGAUUUAAGAAAACCUGGCAGAUGUUUAGCCUAUCUCUUAUUAAUUUUGACAUGUUUAGGUUGCACUCAUGUGUACUCCAAGAAUAAAGGAAAUACACUGGCUUCUAUUUCUCAUUAAGUUGCUGUAGCAUAAUACUUUCUUUGGCAGCAAAGAGCCAAGCUGGCUUAGCCUACCAAUUCAGCUAAAUGUUUAACUCACUCAGAAGGGCUUUAUGUAAGCUUUCACCUGUUGGAGAUCCUUUGGCAAAGGUUAGACAAUUCCUCUUGUUUCAAAGAAAUAAUUGUGACACUUGAAUUCAUUCAAUUGAUAAUUAUUGUCAAUAUAUUGAGAAAAUUAGCUUUGUCCUUGGAAUGGGUAGUAGAGGAAAGAAAUGCAUAAAUAGUUUGCAACAUUUCCAGUUAAGUAUAAAGCCCAAAAGACCAUUGGGACUCCAGGAUAAUUAUUAUCUGGCAGUUGCUGUUUGGUCCUAUUAUCCUGGCUAUCGUGUAUCCAACACAGAACUGCCAAAAUAGGUUUAACUAGUUUAUCUCAUCUGUGAGAUUGGCUUUGUGGUUUCCCUCUGUGUAGGGACUACAUACUGAAAGUGAUUCAUUAGCCGUUCAGUUGAAACUUAGUGCAUCAGUAAAGAGAUUCUUUCCUAUAUCUUUACCGUGAUUUAAAAAGAACACAUGUUGUACAUGGUUCCACAACAACGUGAGGUUUUUGCAUUUAUUUUCUAUAUCAAGGCCCUUCCCACCAUGUCAUACUUCAAAAGUUGUAAAACCAAUGCAUGAUGUAAAUUUUUGGAGUACAUUUUUAGAUUUUUCAGUCCAAGUAUGAUUGAACAUAUUUUGUAUAUAUGUGGCACAAGCUUACACAUUAAAACUUCUGGUGCUCCAGGGGUUGUUGCAUUUGACUUGUACUAUGAUAAAAAUAUUUUUUAAUGCAAGAUUACUUGCAAACCUGCACUAGGUUUUCUGCUAUCUUGGUUUUCUUCACUAAUACAGACCUGUGGUAAAUCUUUUUGUAUACAGGAUUUUUGAUCACAAUGUGGGCUGUUUCCUUAAUUUUCUUAGCUCCCAAUAGACUCCCAUCCUUAAAUACAUUCUGUUCUUUAGGCAAACUGACAAAAUAUGCUGUACUAGAGGAGCAGUUGCAUCAAUUUUAUUAAAGCAGUGUUUUUGGGAAGAU